AUGGACAGUAACUUCAACGACGGUGAUGCCGGGGUGAUCAAAGCCAAAACCAGAACGUGUUCUAUGCAAGAAGGCCUUCGACUGCCACACGAAUAUUGUCGCUCAACACACGGCGGGAUGGCUUCCGCCGGCCAAGUCUUGUUGCCACACCAACUCUGUAAAUCAACCGGCAUCAGCAGGUUUUCCGAAGGUGGCCAUGCAAUCAAUCCCCCAGUUAGUCAAAAGAAAGACAAAAACCUCAUGUUGCCUCAUGAAUUUUUUGGCGGGAAUGGGAGUCGUAUUGCACGAGAAGAAACCCUGUUGCCUCAUCAACCGUGUGAAUCAGUCGACAGCAGCUGGUUUUCCGAUAGUGAAGAAAUCAUGUUGCCGCAUCAACUGUGUGAAUCAAGCGGCGACAGCAGGUUCUCCGGUGGUGCAAUUAAACAUGAUAAUAGUCCAAAGAAAGACAAAACCAUCACAGAAGAAUUCGGGGAAAGGUGUCAAUCAAGAUGCGGUGAGAAGAACUUGUUACCCCAUGAAUUACUCGGCAAGAAAACUGAGGUUUCAGAUUCUGCAAUCAAACUCUCUAUCAGUAACAAGAAUGAUCAGAAUCUCCUCUUGCCAUGUACUCUUUCGAUAGAGAUGAAGAUCCCAGAUGGAAACUUUUCUAAGGAUAUGAUCAUGCUUUCCGUGAAUCAUGCAGGAACUGCCUUCGAGCUUUCUUUGAGCAGAUAG